CUGUGCUUAAGUCCUCUGCAUAUCCAUCUUACUCGGGUUGAUGACCUAUCUGGCCGGCAGCGCUUAGCUCACUCUACCUCAGCUCCACUUCGCGUUUCUCCAGCAGCUUCUUGCAUCAACGGUUGUGAUUGGAAGGUCCAGACACUCAGCUCUUUGAGGGCUAGAAAGCGCCCCGAUUACACCAUUGUAACCUCCACUGGACCAGCUCUUCUUCGAGGUCACCGCGCACCUCUUCAUAUGCCACGCCAUUUUGCACCUCGCAUUCCUCACGUGGAAAAGACCAUGUUUACGUAG